AUGGGGAAUCGAAUCGAAACGGCUCAGUGUUCCCCGGACUGCGCUCCCGAGUUCUCCGUCACCAUCUCGAACUUCUCCGAUGAGGUUUUGUUAUACAUCCUGAGCUACGUUCCCGUCCUGGAUCUGGCGUUCAGCGUGAGCAGAGUGUGCCGGAGACUUCAAGUGCUGAGUCAGGACAGGAGCCUGAUUUCUCACGUGCGCUUGCAUAAACAAUACAAGGCGUCUGCCGAAGCGGUGAAAUGUCUCUUGAGAAAACUAUCCAGCGACAUCCAAACCCUCGACGUCCGUGGCUGCUAUUGGCUCCCGGGCUCCACGAUGCAUCAUGUGACCAAGCACUGCACUAGACUGGUACGGCUGGACGUCUCGGGCUGUGUCGUGCCCCCCGCCAGACUCAGUCGCCUCCUGCACUCUCUGAGUUCACUGCGCUCGCUGGCGCUGGACAUCACGACCGGGCACGAGAUGAGACACCUGACCGACGAGGGCAAACAGACCCUGGCGCAGCUGGUGGAGCUGAAACAGACUCUCCUGGUGGCUUCUUACGGUUUGGUUCCGUGCUGCGCCGCUCUGCAGAGCCUGACCCUCCACCUGGAAGUGGCCGAGGGCUGGGACGAGCCCAGUCGGUACCUCCAGCUGAUGGUGGGGCAGAGCAGCGUGCCGCGCUACCACAACCUGCACUGGUUUGCGGCACACCUGGCGCCCGGAGAGGUCAACCGCGCCCUGCUCAAUCUCUACCUGGCCGCUUUCGGCAUGCGCACGCCCGAGAGGAUGAGCGGACUGGUCAUCGCCAUGCCCGGCCCUUCUCCGCCGAUGCCUGGCGCCGUCGCCACGGUGAUGAACACGGCGCUGAAGGCUGGAAGCGCGAUCAGCGCCCUUCAGCUACCCCGGACGUGGCUGGAGAGCAACACGCUGAGGCGAGUGCUGGCGCACGGAUGCCCGGCCUACCUGAACCUGGCUCGGUGUGCCACGCCAAGCUUCGAACCUCUGUGCGUCAUGCUGGGUGCCAACUGCGACCUCUCACCGCUGCGCAGCUUGAACCUUCGGGGCAAGGGCGAGGAGGAAGUGGCCGCCGAGGGCAUCGGGACGCUUAGCGAAUUGUGUCCCAGGCUUACUCAUUUCAACCUCUCGUCCACGCAUUAUCACCACACCUCUCCUGAAAAGCUGGACGGACACCUUUGUGCCGCCUUGGGCAACUUUUCCCACCUACGUUCUCUCGCCCUGCCCGCGUGUGCGCUGGCCAGAGGCCCCCCGGCGCAGCCCGACAGCCCCGCUUUGGAGACGAAACUUUCCUCAGAGUCACUUCUACUCGGGCUCAAGAAGAGUCGGCGCGUCGGGGUGCCCGUCUACCAGCCGGUACCGGACAGCCCAGGGUGUAGAAAGGAGGGUCAGAAUGAUAACGAGACAGACGCUUGUAUGCGCCCGCUCCUGAACGGCUGCCCACAUCUGGUGGAGCUGGAGCUGAUCGGCACGGGCUUCCUGUCGGCCAUGCCGAGGAACGAGCCUGCCAUGCGCAAGGACCCCCCGGUGUGCCCCUGGUCGUGGCAGGUCGAAGAUGCCCACCUGGCAGCCUUAGGAGAACUUAGAUUUUUGCGCAGGCUCACUUUGGCCCACCUGCCCGGGGUGCUGAGAGGCACCGGGCUGGUACAGCUGGUUCAGGGAUGUAAGGAGCUUCGGGUGUUAUCGCUGGCCAACAUCGGGUCCUUGAAGACGGUGAAUUACACACAGGCUCUGCUGGAGGCGCUCGGACACUGCACACAGCUCAGGGAGUUCAGACUGGAGCAGCCGUACUUCAGCAUGAACGCGACUUUUUUCGAGGCGCUCGGCCACUGUCGCCUCCUCCAGCGCCUCUGUCUGGUCUCGCGCCACGGGACGUUCCAGCACGCGGCGGCCGCGAGCUUCAUGCAGCGCUGCGAGAACGUCGUCAUGUUCCACAUGUUCACCGGCGACACCCUGGUGGCCUGCGAGACGCUGAGGAAAGCACUCCUGAUCAAUUUUUCCGAGUCGCGUAUCGCCCUGAGCGUGGUGGUGUACCCGCUGCUACACGAGGAGCUGGGGAAGGAGAUCAGACAGAACCCGCUCUGCCUCCUGGAUGAGAUCACGCUCUUCAAGAGCCGCGUGGCAGAGGAGCCCAGAAUGCAGUCAGAGAGACGCUGAAGCUGAUGCACUUGACCAUGGACGUAAAAGAUUUGUUUGUGUGUCCAGAUUUCAUUCGAAUGACCAGUGAAGUGCGGCCGAACUGUGUCCAAACAAACAGCCUGCUUUCGGCAUUCAAGAUGAGACUUAAUCAGAUGUUACACAUUUCUGUGUCCGGUUUUGGACGCGUUUUGGUUGUAAAGUCCUGCGUGUUACACUAAACGGCCCAGUAGGUAUUUAGUUUGGUAAAGUUUGGCCACACCCAAGCAUCAACGCAUUAUCCCUUGACUCUGCGCAGGCAGCAUCAAUCAGCCAGCAGCGGUUGUAUGAACAACAGCUAAUCGUUGUUCAUGUGGCGCCCACCCUGCUGGAUGGCAGACCUGAGUUUUCAACCGUCGAGUUUUAGUUGAGCACGUAACCACUGAUGUGCAGCUGCUUUCACAACAUCAUCACAUGAAAAUCUUCUUCCCCUUAAAGCUUCUCUGAGCGUCCAAAAAGGUGCAAAUCAGAUGGAGCUAAAUCCGGACUAUAAGCGUCUCUCGGGUAGAAUAGAAGAAUAUCAUAUAAAUAAUAUGUUCUCUAAGCUCCCUAAGUUCAAAUCUCAGCUCUGCUCCCAGUCGGCUGGGCGCCCCCUAGCGGGCACAAUCGGCAAGUGCCUGUAGCAGUCAAAAUUGGCCGCUUAAGUCAUCUGUGGGUCUUCAACGCUGUUUAAGGACCCUGGUUGCCCAAGGUGCCUGUACAGAACGCAGAUAUCGCUUUGUGGCUCUGUGUGUGCGAAAUCAACCUCACACACAAAUCCACUGAAGUAUAAGCGAGUAAGAAAGGAUUGGUGGACUGCACACGUGGCCGAGGGAGCGUGUGGGGUGAAUAUACACCCUCCUUGGACACCACUGGGGUCUCCAGCAGCAGGAGACUGAUUGGAUACGCUAAAUUCUGAGAAAAAGGGAGGAAAAUGCAUAAAAUACAUACAGAAAUAACUAAUAUGUUCUCAACUGUGUGCAUGACCGCGUCCCUAAACAUGAAACAAGGUCCGUAAACACGUGGUCUGUAGGAACUUUAAUGAUUAUAAAACAUCACAGGAGAUGAAAGCAGAAGAGAAGAAAGACCUUAAAUGGUGUUUUGAAUAAAACUGUCAGUGGCCUCCCCCUCAACCUCAGUGAGGACUUUUGGGAUGUAUUGGAAGGUCGCCUGUGAGUCAAGCCUUUUCAAUUACAAAGUACACACACAAACUCUCCACACACACACACUCCAAAAUCUAAACAAUGGGAGCGACUCUCUCUCUUAUCAGUGUGUAUGGAUUUGGAAUGGGAUGUCCAGUGAGCACAUGGUCAGGUGUCCACAUACUUCUGGCCGUAUAGUGUAACUUGCGAGGUAUUUCAUGCGGAUUGUGAGUCAGUUGUGCCAAAAAAACGGGUACAAAAGCGCCCGAUAUUUUGUUUUGUUUCUGUGUUACUGUGCUGUGCUCAAUUUUUAGACAAAAUAAUGGAAAAUAAAUAUAAAAUGAAUAAAA